ACCGGUUUAAACACAAACUUCUUCCAUAAACAGGCGUGCCUCGUCAGUUCUUGAUAUAGCUUAUAAUCACUUUGUUAAGAAAAAAAAGGUCCAAUAUGCUCCCACAGCCUGGCAGUCUACCCGUGGGCCUCAGCAACAGCUGGGUCUACUACAUUACUGCAGGCCUCGCCUCGCUCCCCGAAGAAACGCUACACCACAUCAUCACUUGCAAGGAGUGGGAAGCUCUGGAACGUGGCGAGAUCGGUGAGACAGAAGCCGUGCAACGUAUCGCGGCUUCGCUCACCCUUCCGUCUGAACAUGAACACAAGCUCAAGACGCUCUUCUACCAGACUGCUGUCUUGAACCUUGGCAUCUCCCUUCAAGCCACAGACAUUGGUUCACAUGUGGUACAAGGAAAGGCCUGGCUACAGAACAACGCGCGCCGCUUGCUCAAUCAGAUCGAGGGCUCAGACGCCUCGGGGAUCUUCGAGGACACCUUCUCACAGUUCCUCAUCAUGGAGGCCACGAACGACAUCUCGCUUCUUCAUCUCCACCCGUAUGGGAAUUCUGAGACGAACUACGACAUUCGAAACACGAUGGACUUGGCCAAGCAGUGGAACUAUUUCCUCGGCAAGCCUGUCGGCACAACAGAUACCUUUCCAGCAGAUGUCGACUCCACCGCAUAUUCAAUGCUUGCCUUCACACCAAGUGUUGGUGUCGACGAUGUGCUCGACAGUAUGCUAGCAAAUCGCAAUCGCGAUGGCCUGGUGCAAACGUACUGGGACCCGACACGUCCGCGAGUUGAUAUAUGCGUGCUCACCAACGUCACCCGCGCUUUCUACAAGUACAACCGAAGCGCCGACAUCCAGGAAUCGCUUGCAUACGUUGGCGAGGCUCUGAAUGCUGGUACAUACAUGUCCGGCACGCGGCACUACUGUACAGCGGAAGUCUUGUUCUUCUUUCUGUCACAGCUCAUCGCUGAUCACCCAUACGCGCCAGAGGUACAACGACUACGGGUGAUACUGGCUAAGGCUCUUGCUGACCGCAUGGGUGUCUAUGAGAACGAAGUCACCCAGGCAGAACUCCAUCUCGCUGAAGCUAGUCGAGCCAAGGGCGAGAAGUACGAAGCCUACGUCCCGGAAGUUGAUUCGCUUGCCAUUGCCUACCGUAUACUCGCCUGCCAGGCCCUUGGGCUGCGCCCUCAAGGCAUCGAACAGGAUAUCGAGCGUCUUUUAUCGUUGCAGUGCGAAGAUGGCAGUUGGCCUCUUGGAUGGGUCUGUCGCUAUGGCCGCUCCAAGCUCCGCAUCGGCAGCCACGGUGUGGUCACAGCCUACGCGAUCAAGGCCUUGGGCACAGAGGCCAAGAUGUCGGCACAGAUGUGAAUAUGACUCAGCUCGACAUCUAUGAGUAACUGGACGAGAAACUCCGCAGGCUUAUUGCCGGUUUUGGGCUGGCAUGAGUCUGCUGAGGAACAGCCCUUUCGUUCAGCUAUGGCAUGGUGCAGCAGUACUUUUACUCAUGGGAAGGCUCUACUUCUGCUGCAAAUCGCAGCCCCGGUCAAUACGUUCUGCAGAAGAACGGCUUGAACUGGAUCUCUAUUGUACAUGAUCUUUUUCCGCAGCCCAGUGUGGUGCUGCCUGACGGGGGCGACUGGUUCGCAGGCCAUUAUAGAUUAGAUAUGGUUUCGGUGUUUGUGGGGCUUCAUUCCAGUUUGGCGUUUGGGACAAGGCGCAGCUCAGAUGAGUUUACUUUUCUUCUAUCCUAGGUAACAGCGGGCCUUACUUUGCGAUUUUACGUACAGAUAUACACCGCGAUAUGCUAUUUUAUCUUCGAUCACGCAUGCCCACCCAGGUAGGAAGUGAUGCGAUGAUUAUAUC